UCUAUUGUAUGGCUGUUGUGAAAAAAGUAAAUGCUGAAAAUGGAUGGCAUUAUAUUUCAUGCACUGAUUGUCAUAAAAAGGCUAAAACAAUUGGAUCUACAUUUUGGUGUGAAGGUUGCAAGAAAGGAUUUUCUUCUCCAACAAUAAGGUACAGAUUAGAAUUACAUGUCAAGGAUGAAAGUGGCAGCACAAUAUUUGUGGUAUUUGACAAGGAAGCAGAGAAAAUUGUUCGUAUUCCUGCUACACAAGUCUAUACUACAGAAAUAAAGGAUGAGGAUGAUGAUGAGGAUGUUGUUCCAAAGCCAAUAAAGAAUUUACUUGGAAAAACAUACAUGUUCCAGAUAAAAAUCAAUCCAAAAAACAAUUUCACUACAAAACAAAAUUUCACGGCCAUUCAUGUGUUUGAAGAUCAUGAGUAUAAGCAGUUGCAACAUGAAUAG